AUGCAAGUGGAGGUUUUUGAUCCGAAGACGCGGAUUUGGAGUUUCGCAGGGGAGGAGAAAGUCCCAUGGCUAUUGUCGCCGUUUCACGCCUCUCUGGAGGGGAAGGUUUUGACGGUGGAUCGUUACGGUGAAGAAAUGGUGGUGUAUAAUCCAAGACAAGGUAACAUAGAAAGAACAAUUGUUGAUGUUGAUGCUGAUGAUGAUGAUGAUAAUGAUGAUGAUGAUGAUGAUGCUGAUGCUGAUGCUGAUGAUGAUGAUGACGAUGAUGAUGAUGAUGAUGAUGAUGAUGAAAAGCUGAUUUGUGUGUGUGCGGUUGAGAAUGUGCUCUAUGGUUGUUUUAAUCGGGAUGGGUUUAUGUGGUUUGACAAGAAGCUUAGUGUUUGGACAAGAUUGGUUAUGUCUGAAUCUGAUUAUGUCAUGGAUGUCAAGGGGUUCACUAAUCACUCUUCUGUGGAGGCAAUGGUGGAAUACCAUGGAAAGCUUGCGGUUUUCUGGCGUGGGUCAUGUUGUGAGGAGACGAAGUACAACAGUAGUAUGUGUGGACUGAUGGCUUUGGAUAGGGUUGGAGAAAGGAUUCGUGGGAAGAUCGAAUGGUCUGGUGUUGUGGCCACUGUCCCUAAUGACUAUAUAUUUGAGCACUGUUUUGCUGUUUCUCAUUGA